AUGGCGACGGAUCCAAUGAAACACCGCAUGCAUGUUUUCAAGAACACUGGCAAAGAUGUCGAUGAAAUGCGUAGACGUAGGAACGAAGUGACAGUGGAACUUAGAAAGAACAAAAGAGAAGAAACAUUACAAAAACGUCGCAAUGUCCCCGUUAGCUAUUCAACAGACGAAGAUGAUAUCGAUAGAACGCUGGCAUCCACGGAUCUCGAGGAGCUGGUGAUGAAAGCGGCCAAUGCAGAGAACCCAGAAGAGCAACUAGCCGCGGUUCAACAGUGUAGAAAGCUUCUGUCCUCCGAUAAGAAUCCACCCAUAGACAGUUUGAUAACGACGGGAAUCUUACCUAUACUUGUUCAGUGCCUUUCUAGAACGGAUAACCCGACACUACAGUUCGAGGCGGCCUGGGCCCUCACGAACAUCGCGUCAGGAACGUCCGCGCAAACCAACAAAGUGGUUCACGCGGGAGCAGUGCCUCUAUUUUUACAAUUGCUCAUGUCUCCUCAUGAGAAUGUGUGUGAGCAAGCUGUGUGGGCCCUGGGUAACAUCAUCGGAGACGGGCCAGUCCUGAGAGACUAUGUUGUUGAACUAGGUGUUGUGAAGCCCUUACUCAGCUUUAUAAAGCCCGGCAUCCCCAUUACCUUCCUGCGCAAUGUUACAUGGGUCAUUGUCAACCUCUGUAGGAGUAAGGAUCCUCCCCCGCCCGUCAAGACCAUUCAGGAAAUAUUGCCAGCACUUAAUGAACUUAUCACUCACACAGAUGUAAACGUGCUAGUAGACACAGUAUGGGCCAUCAGUUAUCUUACGGACGGAGGCAAUGAUCAGAUACAGAUGGUCAUAGAGUCUGGUAUAGUUCCAAAGCUAAUUCCCCUGUUGUCACACAAGGAGGUGAAGACUCAGACGGCCGCCCUGAGGGCCGUCGGCAAUAUAGUGACUGGAACUGAUGAACAAACACAAGUGGUACUCAACUGUGAUGCACUCUCACAUUUCCCAGCCUUACUUUCACACCCCAAAGAGAAGAUCUGCAAGGAGGCGGUGUGGUUCCUGUCUAACAUAACAGCGGGCAACAAGCAGCAGGUGCAGGCGGUGAUAGACGCGGGGCUGCUGCCCAAGAUAGUGGAGAACCUCAGCAAGGGAGAGUUCCAGACACAGAAGGAGGCGGCCUGGGCCGUGUCCAACCUCAGCAUCUCGGGCACGCGCGAACAAGUGGCGGCGCUCGUACAGUGUGGAGUCAUACCACCCUUCUGUAACCUACUGGACUGUAAGGAUUCACAAGUCAUCAAUGUGAGUAACACUGACAUGUUUAUCUAUGUGGUGUUGGACGGCCUCAGUAACAUGUUGAAGAUGGCCGGAGACAGCACGGAGGCCGUGGCCACCAUGAUCGAGGAGUGUGGAGGAAUUGACAAGAUAGAGGAGCUGCAGGGACACGAGAAGGUUGAGAUAUACAAGAUGGCCUAUGACAUUAUAGAACAGUACUUCGCUGAUGAGGUGAGCUACAUACAGAAACUAUUAAAACUUGAGGAGGACGCCACGGUGGUCCCGCCGGCCGCCGAGUCCACCUUCCAGUUCGAGACCGCCAAGCAUGAACCCUUCCGCUUCUGA